GUGUACCAUAGAGAAUGCUACUGACAAGUGUGUCAUAGAGACUGCUACUGACAGGUGUGCCAUAGAGAAUGAUAGUGACAGGUGUACCAUAGAGAAUGCUACUGACAGGUGUACCAUAGAGAAUGCUACUGACAGGUGUACCAUAGAGAAUGAUACUGACAGGUGUACCAUAGAUAAUGCUACUGACAGGUGUACCAUAGAGAAUGCUACUGACAGGUGUACCAUAGAGAAUGCUACUGACAGGUGUACCAUAGAUAAUGCUACUGACAGGUGUACCAUAGAGACUGCUACUGACAGGUGUACCAUAGAGAAUGAUACUGACAGGUGUACCAUAGAGAAUGCUACUGACAGGUGUACCAUAGAGAAUGCUACUGACAGGUGUACCAUAGAUAAUGCUACUGACAGGUGUACCAUAGUGAAUGCUACUGGCAGGUGUACCAUAGAGAAUGCUACUGACAGGUGUACCAUAGAGAAUGCUACUGACAGGUGUACCAUAGAGAAUGCUACUGACAGGUGUACCAUAGAGAAUGCUAUUGACAGGUGUACCAUAGAGAAUGCUACUGACAAGUGUGCCAUAGAGACUGCUACUGACAGGUGUGCCAUAGAGAAUGAUAGUGACAGGUGUACCAUAGAGAAUGCUACUGACAGGUGUGCCAUAGAGAAUGCUACUGACAGGUGUACCACAGAGACUGCUACUGACAGGUGUACCAUAGAGAAU